CAGAGUUCAGGUGAGCUCGCGCAUUCUUGCUGCUCUGUAGUGUCACCACUAACACCAUAUCUUCGGUCAGUGCCUAUUUUGUCGUUUUUUGUCAGUUCAGCGAGUGGCGUUGCUGCAUAGGGAGAACCACAGGAAUGGAUGCCCUACAAGUUGCAAACACUGCAUUUGCAGUAGAUAUUUUCAAAAAACUGGCUGAAAAGGACAAAACUGCUAAUAUUAUUUUUGCUCCACUUUGCACUUCAACCUCUCUGGCUCUGGCAUAUAAAGCUGCCAAGGGUGACACGGCAACCCAAAUGAAACAGGGCCUUCAUUUAGAUGAUGUCAAAGAUGUUCCUUUUGGAUUUCAAACAAUAACAAUGGACACUUCCAAACUUAGUUCGUUUUAUCCACUGAAAAUGGUCAAGCGGCUCUAUGUAGAAAAGUCCCUUAAUCCUGCUAAGGAAUUUGUAAGUUCUGUCAAAAGACCCUUCCCAUCGGAAAUGGAACUAGUAGACUUCAAAGAGAAAACAGAAGACACCAGGCUGCAAAUCAACAAAUCUGUUUCCGAUCUUACUGAUGGUAAAAUGGAGAACAUUUUGAUUGAAGGAACUGUCAAUGACCAGACGAAGAUCCUCCUGAUAAAUGCUGCCUAUUUUGCAACAAACUGGAUGAAGAAAUUUCCUGAGGCGCAAACUAAGGAAUGUCCUUUUAGAAUAAACAAGACAGAAACCAAACCUGUGCAGAUGAUGAACCUGGAAGCUACGUUUUGCCUUGGAUACAUAAAUGAUUUAAAAAUCAAGAUUCUGGAACUCCCCUGUCAUAACAAGCACAUGAGCAUGCUCAUUGUGCUGCCCAAAGAUAUCGAGGAUGAUACCACUGGACUGGAACAGCUUGAGAAGGAGCUCACCCCUGAGAAGCUGCUGCAGUGGACCAAUCCAAGUGUGAUGGCAAACACGAAAGUGAAUGUGUUUCUUCCCAAGUUCAAAGUGGAUGGGGAAUAUGAUUUCAAGCCCAUUUUAGAAAGCCUUGGCAUGACCAAUAUGUUUGAUGAGAGUGCAUCAGAUUUCUCUGAAAUGUCAGAAACCAAAGGGGUAGUUUUGUCCCACAUCAUCCACAAAGUCUCCCUGAAAGUGGUUGAAGAUGGGUCAGAGUCCCUAGAUGUACCAGGGUACCGGAUCCUGCAGCACAAAGAUGAAUUUAAAGCUGACCAUCCAUUUAUUUUCUUCUUUCGGCACACCAAAACUCGCAGUAUUGUUUUUGCUGGCAGAUUCUGUUCUCCUUAAGUGGAAUCCUCUGUUCAUCAAAAGCCUGAUUUAUAUAGGUCGAUUGCAACAAUUUUUCUAUAAGCCUUUGAAACCUGAGCAUGAAAUAUUGAACAGGUAAUCUAUAUAGUUUCAUAUUUUGUGAAGGCUGUACAACUUACUUUCUAUAUGAAGUUGUUAUUCAAACAGGUUUGACAAUAUGUACUUUUCACAUGCAGCAAUUAAAACAGUAUGUAAUUUUUUUUAUUAUGUCUCCAAAAUAACUUCAUUUCUUACUCAUCUACAGUAGUUAAUUACUUUAUUGGAAUUUCUGGCCUAGGGCAAUACUUGUAGCAUCUCCUCAAACCUCAAAAACCUAUGCAGGUAACAACCUAGGAUGUCACUGGAACAGCAGCCUAGCCUUUGAUUUGGUGCUGUUUUCUGUCAUUGGGGAAUGUUUUUCUAAAAUAAAAAGCCAGUGAUUACUGUGGAAUUGAUCCAUAUUCAAGUUAAAUAUGAUUGAUCCAUAUUCAAGUUAAAUAUGACAACAUUGUAUAUUUUCAUUUUUUGUUUAUGCCCCACUGCUUGUGUUUGAUCAUUGAGAUUACCUUAAAGCAUUCCAAAUAAAGCAUUG